GUUUUCCCUCGAACGGACGUGGUUCUGUCUCCAAAGAUCUCUCAGCCACAUAAUGAAAGCCGGACAGAAGCUGAGGAUAGUUCUCUACACGUUUCUCGGCCUGUCGUGUCUCUAUCUGUUUUUCCUGUCCUGCGUCUGGGACUAUCGCGUGCUGGUGGCCCGGGAGCAUGUUCGCUUUCGCCAGGAGAUGCCCACCAUGGACAGCUGGAUCAACUCGCCGUUUGGCAAGCUCAAGAGCUACCUCUUCAACGUGACGAACGCCGCAGAGUUCGAGAGCGGCAUCGACAAGCGGCUGAAGGUGGACCAGAUCGGACCGAUCACCUACAAAAUCGUGGGCUUCAACGACAUCCUCAGUCGGAAUGAAAACAAUGUGACGUACCGCAAGAAUCGCUACCGGCACGUCAAGUUCCUGCCCGAGGAGAGCGUCGCGCCCGAUGUCCUCAACUGGACGAUUGUCUCGCCCAACAAUGUGCUGCUGGGCGCGGCGGCCAAGUUCAAGCAUGUGGCACCGUUCUCGGUGCUGGGUUUCGAUGCCAUCACCAGGUUCGAGGACCUGUUCAUCACCGGCUCCGUGUACUAUUUCCUCUGGGAGUUCACGCGUCCCUCCCUGCAGCUCGUCUCCAACCUACUGCCCUUCGCCCUGUCCGCCAACUGCGGGCCGCUGCACAAUGCUCUCAAGGAUAAGGAGGAGGUGUACACGGUGAACAUUGGCCCAGAGCAAGGCAUCGAGAACUUCUUUCGCAUCGAGUCGCUCAACGGCCAGCAGAUCAUCAAGGAGCAGCUGCCGCGCAGCGAGCAGUGGUCCGACGAGGCCUGCCCCUACAACGUGAGCGGCGCGCACGACAACUCGCUCUUUCCGCCCUUCCUGCAGCCAGACACACCGCUGAAUGUGGUGGCCAUCGAGUCCUGCCGCGUGCUGCCGCUCGUCUACCAGCGCCCGGAGCGCUACGCCGGUCUCGACACCUACCGCUACCUGCUGCUGCAGCCGGGCCAGGAGCCACCAAGGUGCAUGGACACCACCUACGGCAUCAAGCUGCACAAGGGGAUGUUUGACGUCUCCAAGUGUGUGAUAAACGAUGCCCCGUCAGCGUUCUCGGCGCCCCACUUCUAUGGCAGCAGCUACAACUGGAGCGAGCACUACGAGGGCUUCAAUCCGAACGCCGAGGAGCAUGAGCCCUUCAUCCUGAUGGAGCCCACCACAGGCAUACCCGUGAACGAGAAGUACCGCUUCCAGUCGAACAUACCCAUGCCGAAUCUCGCCUCCUACAGCAGGAGGCUCAAGAAGUUCAGCAACAUGCUGCUGCCCACGUUCUGGUAUGAGUUUGAAAUGGGCGAGCUGCCUGACUUUGUGCUGUGGCUGAUGUGGUUCAAUGUGAAGGUGCUGCCCCACGUGCAGGCACCCUGCAUGGCCCUGCUGCUGCUGCUCGCCCUGUGGAGCGCCCUCAAAGUGAUCCGUGUGGCCUGGGGCGAUCUCAGUUACGUGGAUCUCUAUCGCAAGAUCUGCGGCCGCGGCUCCACAAACGCCUGCCUUGAAACGGUGUUUCCGACAACCGAUCGCCACCUUACGCAAUGCGGCCAAGACUCUGAUGAGGCUGUCAAAUAGUCUCUGAUUUGGGUUGUGAUUGCAAUCAGUUCCCAUUCCAGUUCCAGGCCCACAUACGAGCUCUGGACUAGUGUACAUACAAACAUGCAUAAACAUACAAAUACUCAUAGUUUUAGGCUAGAGGUGCGGUCUGGUCUGCCGCUGAUGUUGCUGCCUGCCACUGCACUUAUCA